CUCCCGCUUCCGGCGGCGAUGGCGGCCAAGCGGAGCACGGACGAGAUGCGGGAGCGCGUGGUGCUGGGCGAGUUCGGCGUCCGCAACGUCCACACCACCGAUUUCCCCGGCAACUACCCCGGCUACGACGACGCGUGGGACCCGCGGCGCUUCGAGGAGGCGUUCCGCGUGGACGUGGUGCGGGAGGAGGACGGCCUGCUGGAGUUCGACAUGGUGGGAAUCGACGCGGCCAUCGCCAACGCCUUCCGCCGCAUCCUGCUCGCCGAGGUGCCAACGAUGGCUGUGGAAAAAGUGUUUGUGUACAACAACACGUCCAUCGUGCAGGAUGAGAUCCUGGCGCACCGCCUGGGCCUUAUUCCCAUCCGGGCCGACCCUCGACUCUUUGAGUACAGGAACCAAGGAGACGAAGAGGGGACGGAAAUUGAUACUCUGCAGUUCCAGCUGAAAAUAAAAUGCAGCCGGAAUCCUCAGGCAGCCAAGGAAUCAUCAGACCCAAAUGAACUGUAUUUCAAUCACAAAGUGUACAGUAAGCACAUGACAUGGGUGCCCUUGGGGAAUCAGACAGACCUCUUUCCAGAUGCUGACUUCCGACCUGUCCAUGAUGACAUCCUCAUAGCACUGCUGCGACCUGGCCAGGAAAUAGAUGUGCUCAUGCAUUGUGUCAAGGGCAUAGGUAAAGAUCAUGCCAAGUUUUCUCCUGUGGCCACAGCUAGUUAUCGACUGCUUCCUGACAUUACUCUCCUGCAGCCUAUUGAGGAUGAGGCAGCUGAGAUGUUACAGAAGUGCUUUUCCCCUGGAGUCAUCGAGAUCCAGAACAUCAAAGGAAAAAAGGUGGCAAGAGUAGCCAAUGCACGGUUGGACACAUUCAGCAGGGAAGUCUUCCGACAUGAGGGUCUGAAAAACCUUGUGCGCCUAGCAAGAGUGCGAAAUCAUUACAUCUUUUCAGUGGAGUCGACAGGUAUCUUGCCUCCAGAUGUGCUGGUGACUGAAGCCAUCAAGAUACUGAUGGGAAAGUGUCAGCGUUUCCUGAAUGAACUGGACACGGUGCCUAUGGAGUGAGCAGGCUGUAGCCAAGAAGCACAACCCUGUGCUGCUGUUUCGGGCUUCCUACUCUGGCCUGCAGGAGUGGUUCUUCUGCCCUAGGCAUAAGUUUUGAGAUGGAUUUGUUAAGAGCCCUGGGACCAUCUCUUUCAACUUGUUUUAUGUGUGAUGAGCCUCAGUGAGGAGAUGCACUGAAAUAAAAGCUUUCUUUUA